AUGUUAGCAACGGGAUUAUGCGUGUUUCUGAAGGUGUUGGCGUUGGCGUUGGCGGGAAGCGUCUCCGCGCUUCUGCCAGAAGACUUCGAAGAUCGAGCUGCUCCUGCCAACCUCCAAGAAGAAUGCGCCUCGAAAUGUCCGGAUCUCGAUUUGAAUCAGAAUCGAACGGACGACUCGAGCUCGGAGGUAGGAUGCGGAGUACGAUGCAAGAUCGACCAGUGCACAAAAGGCUGUGGAGCGUGGCAACGAGCACUCGACACGAGCUGUCAAGCUGUCUGCAAUGGAACGCAAGAGUUGCUGCCGCCCAAAGAACUGUACUGUGUUCUGGGCUGUCACGACGCUUUGAAUCGUUACUUUCAGCAGCUGAAAGCGGAAAUAGGUAUUCCUCCGGCACCGGCGCUGGUAGCGGACUCUUUGACCGCAACUUCUCUGCGGCUCGAAUGGAAGGGAAUAGACAUCGAAAGACGAGGCGGAGGCAUAUCGUACUUAGUGCAAUGGAGGUACGAGGAGCUGGCUGAAACUUGGCAAUAUUGUAGAAAUCAAUCGUGGGGGGAAGACGAUCAGAUUCUGGUCGAAAAUCUGCAGCCUUACACGAAAUACAGGUUUCGCGUAGCGUUGCUUCUGAAAUCGUCGCAACACAAUCCCGAGCCUAUCGUCUCCGCUCCGAGCGUGGUGAUAAGAACGCUGGCGGCCGGUUUACCAACCUCAGCACCGGUAAUUGUAAGAGCGGUGGCGGUAGACAGCUGCCGCGCCUCUGUGUCUUGGGAACCGGGUCCUUUUCCGAAUGGGCCACUUUUGUCUUAUGUCCUGCGUCUGCAAGGGGCUGACCACUCCCAGCUUAAGGAUAUAGCAGCCUCGGAGAACACGGAUCACUACAUGUUUCAAAAUCUCGAGCCGAAUAAAAAUUACUCCAUUAGCGUGACCAUGAGGAACGGAGUUGGCGAGGGUCCUCCUGCUGUAACUCAUGUCGUGACUACUCCAGAACCGGCUGUGAAAGACACGCAACAACCAAUUUUAAUUCUCGGUGGGCAGCACGUUGUUAUGAAGCAGGACGCGGACAUGUUGGACGAUCCUAGCGUGGUUUACGAGAACACGAGCAUAAUCAAAGGUGUCGCGAUUCACGUCGCUUCCGCUCAGCUCUUCAUUUCCGAUUCCCUGGGAUACGUGUACAGAACGUCGAUCACGAAACGCACGAAACCUAUGGUGAUCCUGAGCCCUAGCCAAGCGAACUUCAAACCGUUGAGCUUGUCGGUCGAUUGGCUGAAUCUUCAUCUGUACAUUCUCGGCGAGGUGAAGCAUGCGACGACGGUUUGGCAGAUAGCUAGAUGUAAUCUAGACGGAAGGGGACUGACGGUGGCGGUGGCUGGUUUCUUAACGCGACCCACUCAUAUCGAGGUGGAUCCAUACAAUGGAUACUUGUUCUGGGUCACCAGGGGCGGUUUGUACCGAUUGGAUCUGGCUGACAUAAGUAACGGAGUAAAACACGAGGUUCAGCCAUAUUUAAUCCUGGAAGAUGCUCACUUAGGAGCGUUCACCGUGGACCACACGAACUUCCGUCUCUUGGUACCUCACCACAUUCAGAACACCGUGAUAUCGGUUUCUCUGGACGGUCGCGAGGUCUUGGAUCUCCGUUCGAACACGCAGCAACCGAAAUUCAAAAACGUCGUUUCCCUGGCUAUGGCGAACGGUUUGUUUUAUUGGACGAACGGAGAGGAGGUAUUGAUCGAAGGAUAUCAUUCAGGACAGAACAGAUAUUUCCACAAUGCUUAUCCCGAUAGAUCGAACGGUUCAUUUGUCAGUGUCAAUGUACUUAUGGACGCUAGCCAGCCUGUUCCUGUCCCGGUGAAUCCUCCUACGGGUGUACAAGCGGUUCUAGGUGUGGAGAGGGCCAAAGUCUCCUGGCAGGCGCCUCAUCUGUUGGGCGGUCAAGGAAAAGGCGCCUGGCAGAAUUGGUCCUACGAGUUGGAGAUUAAAGACGAGUCUACAGGGGAGACGAUUCAUCAGAAAGAUAUCGCUGGCUCGUCUCACACUGUGCACAAUCUAAGGGAGAAAUCGGAGUACUCGAUCAAAGCGGCUGCUUACACCAGCGCUGGCAGAGGACCUUGGUCCACGGAGUUCAGAGGUCGAACUUUGAGGGACGGAUCACACGCGUCUAUUCUGUGGUCCGCGAACGAAGGUCUGCUAAGGAGCGACGUGACGGGAGAGAAUAUCGACACUUUGAUAUACAAAGCGAGUUUGAAGGAACCGGAGACCGAUUACCAUAUCGUCGACGUUAGUUGGUACAAGGAUAUCCUGUAUAUCGUGGGGAAUAAUUCUGCGUUAUAUCGAUACAAUAUCACGAAUCAUCAGAAGAUGAAGAUGAACAUUCAUUCUGUCGGGAGCGUCGCUGUUGAUUGGAUAUCGAAGAAACUGUACUGGGCUAAUCCUAAGCAGCAAAUUAUUACGAGAGCGAAUUUAAACGGAUCUCAACAAGAACCAAUGUCGAUUCUGGCCAUCGUUAAGGAACUAAUGAUCGACUCUUUGGAGGCGUACCUGUAUUGGUCCACAGGCCACGCUGUCGAAGUAGCUCGUUUAAACGGACAAGAUAGAAGAUAUUACCAUUCGGAUGAGAUAUUCAAUGGGAAACAAGUGAUGGGGUUAACAUUGGACACGGAGAACAGAUACGUUUACUGGAUCGUUCGAAGUUACGAGAGUGGAUCCAUCGUCUAUCGGGCGCCAACGUCUGAAAAGAUCCCGAUGACUCAUAAAAUCAUGCCUGAGAAGGUCUCAGCUCUUCAACACCCAAACAUGCAAGGUCCUUUGUGCUAUUUUUCAGAGCACCUUCUGUGGCUUCAAGACGACAGAAACGCAGUGAUAGGCGAUCUAUCCGGGCAAAACACGGCUAUAAUAAAUGGUAUCACUCUAUCGGGCCUUCACAUGGUGGCAAUAAUGGAUCCAGCUCUUCACCAGUAUCCAAAAAAUUUAUCAUCGGAGACCGUGGUGGUAUUGCCAAACGCGGUUAACUAUAGCAGUAUUAGAGUCGAAGGGACUUGGAGGAACUUCAACAUAUCCUGGGACCCAGUAGAGAAUAUCAACUACGGGACCGUAUUUUACGAAGUGAAAUUCGCCGAUUAUAUUAACACUAAUUCGAACCCAGAAAUCACUACGGAAACCUCGAUGCCCUACAAUAAUUCCGAACAAAUUUUACCCUAUUCGGUUUUGGAGGUAACUGUAAAAGCGUUUACCUAUUGGGAAACGGCGCAUCAUACUAGAAAGAUUCUCAGGUCUCCACAAAGUAUUCCGAGUCAACCAACGAAUUCCAGGGCUUUUAUAGAGUUCCAUAAAGAACCUCUAAGCGAGAACGUCGACAUAUUCGCAAUAUUUAGAUGGGAUCAACCAGAGUUCACCAACGGUCUGAUCACAGGAUACACGGUGAUGUGUUGGUUUAAAGAGGACCACGUGCCGAUUCAAUUCUGCGAUCAUAAAUCUCUCAUCCCGUCGACGUUACUAGAGCACACUGUUCAGGAUCUCCUACCAAACACAACGUACUACUUUCAAGUUAGCGCUCACACGGAAAUUGGCGCAGGACCGUACACAGAUCUCAUCAACGUUUCGACGAUAUACGAAAAUCCAGUGCCGCAAUUACUGGUCGCCACAAUGGAUGCGGUUAGGAUAUCCGAUUUGGAUCAGGAGGUGAAUUACACGAUCACCCGGCACAUAGCGGUCGAAGUGACGUACAUGGCCGCGGAGAACAAAAUUUAUUGGAUCAACGAGAUGCAGGAAUUGGUAACGUCGGAUUUAAACGGAGCGAACGCUACGAAAAUGUUGACUUUGAAUAAUAGUGCGCUUAGUAUCACUAUCGAUUGGGUGGCGAGACACCUUUACUGGUCUGAGUCCAGCUACCGUGAAAAUGGUGGCCGUGUGAUGAAAUUGGACUUGACCAUGUGGCAUGAUGGAAUUCUUAAGUACGAAAAUAUCAUUGCGAGUAGCAGACGUAUCGUGAAUCUGGAUAUACUACCGUCUACAGGGUCAUUGUAUUGGAUAGAAUUGACGAAAAAGGACGGCGGAAUAAUAAUGCAGUCAGAUUUAAACGGAAGAGCCAUUCAACCAUUUUUUAACCAUAUAGACGACUGUUCCUGUCCAUACAGACCAUCCGUGAUUCCGGUGAUGACGAUCGACAGUACCAAUUACCAAAAACCAGUCAUGUAUUGGAUCUCUAUGGAAGGCCAUUUGAACAUCGCCGAUAUCGAUGGCUGUGCGUGCAGUUUAAUAGUAAGCGCGGGUUUCAAUAAAGGACUGCCACCGACGUCGUUGACAGUCGACAAGAUGAACAUUUACUGGUCGAAUAUAGCCGAAGAUCAGAUUUAUUUCGUAAAUAAAAAAUACCCGGACGAUGGUGAAAUUAAACACUUCUAUCUGCCGUCUGUACGAAGUAUCAAAGCCCUUGGAAAAUCGCUGCAAACCUAUCCCAUCACUAACUGCCUGAUUCCUCAUCAAGUGUCCUACAACGUGGAGGAAGUGAAGAAAACAGCGAACAGUAUUACUGUGAGACUUCCUCAGCCUGUUCCUCAAUUUGGUUGCGAAACGUACAGCCUACCUACGACACUCUACACGAUCUACGUGUCUCAAUGUCUGGAGAACGAUCCUAACAUGUGCGAAGACAGCGACAGAACGAAGUUCCAGACGUACGAAGAGGAAUACGAGAUAAAGGAUCUGAAACCUUUCACGAAGUACAGAUUAAAAUUAGCUUUGAGUAAUUAUUACGCCGACUUGGAGUCGAUGAGUUUAGAGUUCGGAUCUGGCGUUGUACUGAGGACCGAAGCAGGUGCUCCGACAGCUCCAGAGAACGUCACUGUUGAAGCUCUGACGCCAACUCUGGCUGUCGUCUAUUGGAUGCCACCGAAAAUAUUGAACGCUGCUGCGGUACGAUACGAGGUGCACUGGAGACUGGUUCGAUUGAUAAACGGAGCACGACAGAAGGGAGAACAAUUUAUAAAAGGCACCGAACGCACCACGGAUGGAAGAUUCUUCACCAUGUUGGAGCCAUGGCUACCUGACCAAGAGUAUUUGGUGUUCGUCAGAGCCUAUCCUGCUCACGUUAACGACGUCUACAGCGAGAGUCCUGGUCAAGUGGUCAAGAUGUACCCAGAACCGAAUAAUCUAACGUUAACUGGAGUCAGUGUGAACGGUUUGAACGUCACCUGGGUACCGACGAUCAAUUUAACCAUUAGAUACACUUUAGAGUACAAAGACGUCGCUGUGGAGAACUGGCAAGUGGCGAACGAUUCUAAGAUGGUCAAUGAAAAAUUGACGUAUUUUAUAAAAAAAUUGCAACCACGUACUUUGUAUAAAUUCCGUCUGAUUCUGAGGUAUCCUAAUUACAAACUAGACUUUGUGUGGCCUACGGAUGGGAGAUUCACGUUUCAAACGCUGGGUGAUGUACCAAGUGCUCCAGGGAUGCCUACGGUAACCAAGCUCCGUAAUUCCGUGUACCAAUUAAACUGGGAACCAGCGCAAGCUCACGGUUCGCAAAUUACGCUGUAUCGAGUUGAGGGGAUGAAGAUCAACGAAAUUAACGAGCAAAUAGACUCUAGCGAGAACGCAAGUUGGAAGCUGUUCUACAACGGGACAGACAACUAUUGGAUAAUCACGGGGGACAUGGACGACAAGUAUCGGUUUCGAGUUAAAGCUAGAAACGCGUACGGAUUUGGUGGCUGGAGCAGAUCCAGCCCGAUCAUCGAUCUGACGGAAACUACCGGAGGGAUAUUAGCAGCGCAACAGCAUCUUGGUUUGGUGUUGGGACUUAGCGUCCCUGUUAUCACCAUCAUGCUAAUUUGUUUCUGUUAUUUUCUUUGCCCAGUGUACCGGCAACGCAAGGAAGACAAGAAGGCGGUUUUACCUCCGUUAGUGAGCGACGUUGAAUUGGCGACCCUUCGGGAGAUACCACGCGGGAAUUUCGUUCAGUCCAACGCGUUAUACGCGUCUACUUUGCAAAACGAUCCAGACGAUUCUACGCUUCCUAAAAUCAGAAGGGAACAGAUCACGUUAGCGAAGUUUUUGGGUAGUGGAGCCUUUGGAGAGGUAUUCCAAGGGAACGCGAAAGACUUGGAGAGACCAGGAGUCACGCCAGUCGCGAUUAAAACGCUUCGAAAAGGAGCCUCGGCUCAGGAGAAGACAGAGUUCCUUCAGGAAGCUAGGCUCAUGAGUCAUUUUCGACACAAGCAUGUGCUCAGACUUCUAGGUGUUUGCUUAGACACCGAUCCGCCGUUGUUAGUGUUGGAAUUGAUGGAAGCUGGUGAUUUAUUAAGUUAUUUAAGGGCAAGUCGAUCGUUGCAGACGUCCGAUUUACAUGCUCUGCGUCUCCAAGAUUUAUUGGCUAUGUGCGAAGACGUAGCAAGAGGGUGUCGUUACUUGGAGGAGCUUCAUUUUGUACAUAGAGAUCUCGCGUGCAGAAAUUGUUUGGUAUCUGCCAGAGAUCGAGAGAAUCGUGUUGUUAAGAUUGGUGAUUUUGGACUCGCCAGAGAUAUAUACAAGAAUGAUUACUACCGAAAAGAGGGAGAAGGAUUACUUCCCGUUCGAUGGAUGGCGCCUGAAUCCUUAGUGGAUGGCGUGUUCACCUCGCAGAGCGAUGUUUGGGCGUUCGGUGUAUUAAUGUGGGAAAUUACGUCGUUGGGACAGCAACCGUAUCCUGCCAGAACUAAUCUCGAGGUAUUACACCACGUGCGAGCAGGUGGAAGGUUGCCCAAACCAAUGAAUUGUCCACCUGGUUUACAUCAGCUGAUGUUGCGUUGUUGGAGUGCAGCUGAUGCCAGGCCAAGCUUUAAAGCCUGUCUUGAACAUAUAGUUAGUCUUCGAAGUACUAUAGAGGAUGCUCCGUUAAGUCCAGUUCACGCUGGUCAUUACUUAGCUAGAAGGGGCGUGUCUAACAUGGCUUACUUUGCUGACGAGAAUCAAAAUCAUAACAAUUCAGGGAAUUCAUGGAAAUCGAGCAGCUCAGAAGGCAGCCGUGAUAUGCAACCGUUCCUUCAGAAUUCCCAUAAUGCGACCCUUACGUUACAAUCGGGCGAAGUACCCAAGUAUCUAGAAUUAUUAGCAGAUAACGAGGACAUUAUACCGAGGGAGAAUUCAACGAACGGAUACGAAGUGCCUCGGUCAAUUCAUAUCUCCGAUCAGAAUUUAGCCAAUACGAACAAAGUCGGUACGAAUUCAGACGCGAAGAGGGAUAACUUGCAUCCUGAGAGCACGUUGCAAGAGCAGAAGGACAAUCCGGGCGAUACGAAGGAACAAUCGGAGAAAAAGUGUGAUAAAAGAUCGUCGAUAUCCAGUUUGAAUUUACCGGAACGUAAGAGGGCAUCGAUCACAAGCAUGACUGACAAAUGUAACACUUUAGACAGUUCGAAACUAACUAAUCCCACUAUUAAAGCGAUUUUAAAGAGAGACUCGUUCACGUCGUUGACUGAUCAAAGGAAGAAUAAAAGAAACGCGACAGAACGACGAGGUUCGGAAAUAAGUUUAGAAGGUAGAAGUACUAGUUCUUUAAGCUCGAAUAUUAGCUUAGCUCCGCCAACUCGACCUAGUUCGUCGUUAAUUAGCUCGCAGAACGUUCUUCCGUUGAAGAACAGCGUGAUCGGAGGUGACUCGACGUUAAACGACGGUAACGUAACGAAGAACACGUUGCCGAAAAUUCAAAGGACUCACUCGAAUUUACAAAACGGUAAAGCUAAUAUUCCAUUGGUGAUAAACAGUGCAUUGUUGAACUUACUGAGGCAAACGCCGGUUGUCGAGGAUAGUAACAAUAUCGUUACGUAUACGAACAUCAAUACAGAUGCUGUAAGAGUAAACGGAUCGUGA